UUCAUGAUGACAGCAAACGGAUGGCCCUUAUUCUCUGCCACUCUCUUCACUGCUCACUGACUGCUCCUGCUGCUUCUCUUCCUUCGAUUAAAUCCUCAAGACCUAAAAUCUCUGCAAUUUCCUCCAUGGAGCAGCACAAUGAUGGCAGCAGAAAGUUCAUAGAGUUCCCCUUCGUCUCGGCCCCGCACAAGGAUUUGAUGGUUGGUCUUGUAUCGACCGUCGAGAAUCGUUUGGGCUCGCAGCUCCACACUUGUACCCUCCCGCUUGACGUGCAACACUACCAGAACCCUAGUGGAUCAGCCCAAGCCUCCCUGUACAUCCGAUCCGGAAUCGAACCCUCGCUGGUUGACUUCAUACUGGGAAGUUGGAUACACUGUGACCUGCCAACAGGAGGAGCAUUGAACAUCACAAGCCUUUCAGCUUAUCUGAGUGCUUCGACAGAUGCACCGAAUUUCCUAUUUGAGCUAAUUCGAAGUAGCCCAACAUCAGUAGUCCUCAUCGUUGAUUUGCCUCCUCGAAAGGACCUUGUCCUUUAUCCCGACUAUCUUCAAACAUUCUAUGAAAACACCCAGUUGGAAAGCCGCAGGCAAUCACUUGCAAAGCUCCCUGAAGUUCAACCCUACUUCUCAUCGUCGCUUUACAUUCGCUGUCUCAGUUCUCCCACUGCAAUUAUGGUUCGUAUAGAAACCAAGGCAGGGCAGCCAGAACGCAUGGAGGAGAUUAUAAAAGAUCAUGUGGAUCCUAUUGCAAAGGAAGUGUUGGGAAUCUGGCUGGAUCAAUGUGCUUGCGGAAAGAGAGAAGUGGGAGAGACCGAAAAGGCUUGUUUGGAGAAGAGAGAUAAGUUGAUUAAAAGCCAGACUGUUGAGAUUGACAUUGGCUCUAGUUUUCCUAGGUUGUUUGGGCCAGAAGUAGCUGAGAGAGUAGUAGGAGUGAUUAGGGAGUUUUAUGGUGUAUGAGGCACCAAAUUAUGGUUGCCUAUAUGGUCAUAAGGGAUUAAAUUUUAGGAUUAAUGAAAGAUCACCUGGAUUAGGUGUGCAGUAGUUGAAAUUUAUUUUCUUCUCUGUUUUUUCUGGUCUUCAAAAAGACGGAAAGUAUUACUACAUAUCCAAGUUUGAUUGCAGCAUGUGUUCAACUCAAUGACCUUAA